UUUACGUAAUAAACGCACAAUGGACAACUCCAAAGAUAAUGAAAUUGCUGAUCAGAAAUUGCCUCCAGAACCAGUAUUAGUUUCACCAGAGAACCUGCCAUCAGGCGAACGUGAUAUUUUUAGAGAUACUUAUAUUCGUUAUUUGGGAUAUGCAAAUGAACUUGGUGAAGCAUUCAGGCCUUUGGUUAAUAGUACUGUUGUUACUGCAUCUUAUGGAGUAUCCACUGCCUAUGUUUUAGCUGAUACAUGGGAUAAGGCAAAAAAAGCAUCAAAAAAACCCGGAUCGAAGUCUAAAGAUGUUAUUAUAUCAGCAGUUGAUACACUCCUAUGGCAAGGGUUUGCAUCUAUUAUAGUACCAGGAUAUACUAUAAACAGGAUAACCCAUUACACAUCCAAAUUUAUGCAAAGAAGUAAUUUUGGUAAAAUGGCUCAAAUAAUGCCCACAGCUGUUGGAUUAUUAUCUAUACCUCUUAUAAUCAAACCCAUCGAUCACAGUGUGGAUCUUGCUAUGGAUUAUACAUACCAUGUGAUACCUAAAUAUGAAAGGAUAAUUGUUAUGCAUGAAAUGUCUCAUUUACCAUUGUGA